AUGCAGGCUCUCGAAGAAGCAUUUGUGGCCGCGGUCUCUGCGGGCAAGAUUCCCGGCGCAGUGUUGGUGGCGUCUAACAGGUCGGGGAACUUCAGCUAUGCAAAGGCUUUCGGAGCCCGAUCCCUUGCAGAAGGCAAGGAGGAGCCUCUUGAAAUGGACAGUAUUUUUGCUCUCUUCAGCUCGUCAAAGUUGAUCACAACUAUCGCUGUCCUGCAAGUCCUUGAGCGAGGCCAAAUCGGCCUAGACGACGAUGUGACGAGUAUUCUGCCAGAACUUGCCGGGAAUCAUAUCUUGAUAGGAAUGGAGAAUGGCAAGCCCGUGUUUACGAAGCGACAGAAUCCCAUCACUCUCCGCCAUCUUCUCACACAUUCGUCGGGGCUUGCGUACACGUUCAUGUCGCCAGUCCUUCAGGAAUACCACGCGUCCCUAGGCGUAGCCGGACCCCCCAAGAACGUCGUCGAGAGCUACAACUUGCCCCUAGUGUUUGAGCCGGGGACAUCGUGGAAGUACAGCACUGGCUUGGAUUGGGCCGGCGUCCUGGUGUCGAGAGUGGCCAACGUCGACCUCGAAACGUACUGCCAGAACAAUAUCUUCGCGCCACUUGGCAUCUCUGACAUCACCUUCUGGGCCAAAAAGAAGCCGGAGCUAGCGGCACGACUGGUCAGCAUGAGCAUCCGAGAUCCUGCGGAUCCCAAUGGCAAAGCUCGCGCAUAUCUGGGACCGGACAUGCACUCGGCGGCUCAGACCGAGAUGGGUGGACAAGGGCUCUACGCGUCCAUGCCCUCAUACCUGAGGAUUUUGCACAGCAUUCUGGUCGAUGACGAAAAGCUGCUCAAGAAAGAAACGACGGCGAUGAUGUUUCAACCACAGCUUAGCAAGGACAGUCGCUCGGCCCUUCAGGCUCUCUAUGACAGUCGACCGACCAGAGGCCCCUGUGCUAUCGGUCGGUUUCCACCAGGUGUUCGUUAUGACUGGGGCCUCGGCGGCCUCCUGACCAGAGAGGACGUCAACCUGGAGGGAGUCACGUAUCGGAGAGCUGGCUGUCUGAAUUGGAGCGGCAUGCCAAAUCUAUUCUGGUUCCUUGACAGAGCCGCUGGGGUGUGCGGUAUUUAUGGUGGGCAGUUGAUGCCGUCCGGGGAUGCCCAAGUUCAAGAGAUGAUUUACCUUUUUGAGAAGACAGUGUACGAGCAGGCCGGAGUUAAAAGCAAUGACUAG